AUGAAUAGAUAGAAUGUGAGACAAUUGAUAUCUGUAUCUCCUUAAAAGCUCACUAUCCUUAGAUAGAAACCUAGUUUACAGAGUUGUGAAAAAACAAAUUAAUCAAAAAUGCAUCACGGAUAAACAUUUUAAGUACUUUAGUUCAAAGCAAAUUAAUAGUAACAUUGUAAUAACACAUUUAAUUACAUAAAUCUUUAGACGAGUCUACCAAAAUAUCAAGUACUUAUUAAUGAUAUUGAUAGAUCAAAACAAAUAUAAUAAAUUAAUAUAUAGCUUUAUAACUGGUUCAAGAUAUAUCUUGUAAAAAGUAACCGUUUAAAUCAAAACAAGAACAAAAUUUUGUUUUACAAAACAAACAAGUUUAAAAUGGUUAGAAUUUGUAAUAUGGGCUUAGUUACAUAUAGAGAAACCAUAAUGAUUUAUAAAUGCAAAACCACUAAUUAAAUAAAGACAAAGCUUUUUUAAAACAAGAUAAUUUGUCUUAUGUAGAUAUAAAUUAAUAAAAGAAACUUGAAACAAAUAAGAUCUUAGAAAAACAGAUAAAAAAUGAAGAAAUAAAAAACGAGAAAAAUAAAUAACAAGAUGUUAGAGCAAAUACAAUAAGACUUUAAAGUUAAUAGAAGAAAAAUAAAGACACAAAUAAACAUGAGCUAAAAGAAUAGGAAUGUAUAAAAAAUGAUUAGUAAAAUAUAAGUAUAAAAAAUAAAUCAUAAAAUCGAUAGUAAAUAGCUAUUAUAAAACAAAAAUAAAAUGAAAAUUAAGAAAUAAAGAAAAAAAUGAAAAAUUAAUUUGAAUAUAUAUAAUUGGCUAAUAAGGAACUAUAAAAAGUAGAAGAUAAGAUUGCAAUAAAUAAAUCAUAAGUUGAAUAAUAAAAACCUAAUAUAGAACUAGAAGAUAAGAUUGCAAUAAAUAAAUCAUAAGUUGAAUAAUAAAAACCUAAUAUAGAACUAGAAGAUAAGAUUGCAAUAAAUAAAUCAUAAGUUGAAUAAUAAAAACCUAAUAUAGAACUAGAAGAUAAGAUUGCAAUAAAUAAAUCAUAAGUUGAAUAAUAAAAACCUAAUAUAGAACUAGAAGAUAAGAUUGCAAUAAAUAAAUCAUAAGUUGAAUAAUAAAAACCUAAUAUAGAACUAGAAGAUAAGAUUGCAAUAAAUAAAUCAUAAGUUGAAUAAUAAAAACCUAAUAUAGAACUAGAAGAUAAGAUUGCAAUAAAUAAAUCAUAAGUUGAAUAAUAAAAACCUAAUAUAGAACUAGAAGAUAAGAUUGCAAUAAAUAAAUCAUAAGUUGAAUAAUAAAAACCUAAUAUAGAACUAGAAGAUAAGAUUGCAAUAAAUAAAUCAUAAGUUGAAUAAUAAAAACCUAAUAUAGAACUAGAAGAUAAGAUUGCAAUAAAUAAAUCAUAAGUUGAAUAAUAAAAACCUAAUAUAGAACUAGAAGAUAAGAUUGCAAUAAAUAAAUCAUAAGUUGAAUAAUAAAAACCUAAUAUAGAACUAGAAGAUAAGAUUGCAAUAAAUAAAUCAUAAGUUGAAUAAUAAAAACCUAAUAUAGAACUAGAAGAUAAGAUUGCAAUAAAUAAAUCAUAAGUUGAAUAAUAAAAACCUAAUAUAGAACUAGAAGAUAAGAUUGCAAUAAAUAAAUCAUAAGUUGAAUAAUAAAAACCUAAUAUAGAACUAGAAGAUAAGAUUGCAAUAAAUAAAUCAUAAGUUGAAUAAUAAAAACCUAAUAUAGAACUAGAAGAUAAGAUUGCAAUAAAUAAAUCAUAAGUUGAAUAAUAAAAACCUAAUAUAGAACUAGAAGAUAAGAUUGCAAUAAAUAAAUCAUAAGUUGAAUAAUAAAAACCUAAUAUAGAACUAGAAGAUAAGAUUGCAAUAAAUAAAUCAUAAGUUGAAUAAUAAAAACCUAAUAUAGAACUAGAAGAUAAGAUUGCAAUAAAUAAAUCAUAAGUUGAAUAAUAAAAACCUAAUAUAGAACUAGAAGAUAAGAUUGCAAUAAAUAAAUCAUAAGUUGAAUAAUAAAAACCUAAUAUAGAACUAGAAGAUAAGAUUGCAAUAAAUAAAUCAUAAGUUGAAUAAUAAAAACCUAAUAUAGAACUAGAAGAUAAGAUUGCAAUAAAUAAAUCAUAAGUUGAAUAAUAAAAACCUAAUAUAGAACUAGAAGAUAAGAUUGCAAUAAAUAAAUCAUAAGUUGAAUAAUAAAAACCUAAUAUAGAACUAGAAGAUAAGAUUGCAAUAAAUAAAUCAUAAGUUGAAUAAUAAAAACCUAAUAUAGAACUAGAAGAUAAGAUUGCAAUAAAUAAAUCAUAAGUUGAAUAAUAAAAACCUAAUAUAGAACUAGAAGAUAAGAUUGCAAUAAAUAAAUCAUAAGUUGAAUAAUAAAAUCCUAAUAUAGAACUAUAAAAAGUAAAAGAUAAGAUUGCAAUAAAUAAAUCAUAAGUUGAAUAAUAAAAACCUAAUAUAGAACUAGAAGAUAAGAUUGCAAUAAAUAAAUCAUAAGUUGAAUAAUAAAAACCUAAUAUAGAACUAGAAGAUAAGAUUGCAAUAAUUGCAAUAAAUAAAUCAUAAGUUGAAUAAUAAAAACCUAAUAUAGAACUAGAAGAUAAGAUUGCAAUAAAUAAAUCAUAAGUUGAUUAAUAAAAUAAUUUACAAGAUUUAAUUCAAAUAUCAUAACCAAUAUCUAAUCAUAAAGAUCAACUAACAAGAAAUACUUAAACCAUUAAUUAACCUAAAAUGAUUAAUAAUUAAAAUGCCAUUUAAAGAAAUGUUGAUAUCCCCACCCAUAAUGCUUCAUCCCAAAAAUAAUCACCCAUAGCUUUAUUUUUAGGGUGUCCUGGAGUGGGUAAAACAUUUUUAAUGAAAAAAUUAUUUCCUUCUAAAACUAUCAAUGAAUUUAAAUUGAAUAAGUUAGAAAUAGAUGAUAAACUACAUUAUAAUUUUGUUGAUACUUAAGGUUUCGAUUUUGAAUCAGAUAUCGAUACAAGGGAAGAUCAAAUUAAGCUUUAUCAAUAACUAUUUUAGCAAUAUUAGAAUUUAGUGCGAUCUAUUUAUCUAGUAGUGAAUUUUGAAAGAACUGAUCUAAUGAAAAAAAAGAUUCUCUCAAUUUAUAAAUAUUUCAGAAAGUUUUAAUCAAUAAUCAGUAUAAUCGUUACAGAAUUCUAAGAAAGUGAAGAUAAAGAUUUUAAUGAAGCUGAAUUAAAAGCAAAAUUUUAACAUUUCAAACCUUGUGACUUAAUUUUUGUAGAAAGGAACAUUAGCAAACCAGAAUUGAUCAAUAAAUUAAAAGAAAAAUCUUUAAAUUAAAUUGAAUCAGGUUAUACAUUUGAUUUAACCGGUACUAUCUUUGAAUAAGAAGAUGAAGAAGAAACUAAAAUACUGAUUAAUUAAAUUAAACAAAAAGUUAAAUGA